CAACUUUGAUUAUAAAACUACCAAAAAUCUUGUUUGUAUUUAUCUUUUCCUUUUCGCCCUUUUUACAUAUUAUUUUUUUACAGUAUUAUCACCAUGGUAAACUCUAAUCAAACUGUGGAAGCCACAGAAAUGCUCCCUCGUUUACACGCCCUUACUUUAGCUGAUGAUGGCUCACCAGCUCAAGAUAAAACGUAUAUUCGUAUUCCUUUGUUUAAAGGCAAAGUCAUUCUCCGUAUCAUCUUAAAGCCUGGAUCUUUAGCUGCUGGUGGACAGCCAAUUUUGUAUACAAAUUAUCCAGUUGCAGGAGAAUAUGAAAGACACACAUUUCAUCCUGUCAAGUUCAUCAAGGAUCCAAAUUUGCUCCACGCUUAUUGUGACGUUAAUCUAGAUCACCCAGGUGCUUACCAAUAUAAGGUGGAAUACACCGUCAAUAACACUAAAAACACAUCCGAAGUUGGUUACGUCGUAGCCGAACCACGUAUUAAUUUACCCAACAGUGAGAAAAAACUGUUACCUUUAGAUGGCUUAAUGGUGUUGUCCAUGGUACCUAAAUGGAUGGGUCCAAUUACUGAAUGGAAAAAACUAAUUGAAGAAACUGAAUACGCUGGGUAUAAUAUGAUUCACUUUGUUCCUUUACAAAAACGAGGCGAUUCAAACUCGCCGUACAGUAUUGCUGAUCAACUCACUUUCGACGACGAUGUCUUCAAUGCCAAAGAUCGCAACAAGUCCAACAAGGAGAAAUUAGCCAUUGUGCAAUCUGCCAUCAAGAACAUUCACACCAAAAACGGUAUCCUCAGUCUUUCUGAUGUAGUCUGGAAUCAUACCAGUAACAGUUCUCUGUUUUUGUUGAAACAUCCUGAAGCAGGCUACAAUCUUCAUAAUUCACCUUAUCUUGUUCCUGCAUAUGAAUUGGAUACUGCACUUAUCGAGCUCUCCGGGAAUAUGGAAAAAGAAGGUUUGCCUGUCGAUAUCAAUUCCGAUAGUGACGCUAGUACCAUAAUCAAUUACAUCAAGAAUCACACAUUUAAGAACUUGAAGCUUUAUGAGUACAAAGUAAUCGAUGUGACCAAGUAUGUCAAUGAAGUUCGUCAAGCUCUGAAGUCUAGCAAUUUCAAGGAUGUAGACCCUUCUGCAUACGAAAACGUAUCUCAUUUGCAACUUAAGGAGCGUACCAAACUUUUAGGCAAAGACGUUAUUUUAAAUGGGCAUUUAGGUACCCGUUUCCACAAGUCAGUUGAUAUUCCCAAGGCUCUUUCUUUCUUAUUGGCAUUUAAUGGAAUAACUGGAACCGAUCAAGUAUCAUGUGAUCGCGUUGAUUCUUUGACAGAUUCUUUCCAAGGAUUAUUGAAUGAUUAUAACUUGCCAUUUUAUGAAGAGUAUGAUGAGGAAACCCGAGUUGCGUUGGAUAAUAUCAAGGGUAGACUUUUAUUUACGCGCUUAGCUGAAAAUGGUCCCAAGUUAGGUCGUAUCACUAAGAGUAACCCCGUCAUUGAAACUUAUUUCACUCGCCUUGUGGAUGAAAAGAAUGAUCAUCCUGCAGGUAGUAUGAUGUUGGCAAAUAACGGUUGGAUCUGGAAUGCAGAUCCUCUUGUGGAUUUUGCAGGACCUGGAUCUAUCGCCUACUUACGUCGUGAAGUCAUUGUUUGGGGCGACUGUGUUAAGCUUCGUUAUGGACAAUCUCCCGAAGACAAUCCUUGGUUGUGGAAGCAUAUGCGUGCAUAUACCGAACAAGUGGCUGGUAUGUUCCAUGGUAUCCGUAUUGAUAAUUGCCAUUCUACACCCAUUCAUGUCGCCGAAUAUUUCCUGGAUGCUGCUCGCAAAAUUCGUCCUGAUUUAUAUGUUCUGGCCGAAUUGUUUACUGGUUCCCCUGAAAAAGACAAUGCCUUUGUUUCCCGUUUGGGUAUUCAUGCUUUAAUUCGUGAGGCUAUGCAGGCUUGGGAUACUCAUGAAUUGUCCCGUUUGGCUCAUCGUCACGGUGGUAAACCUGUUGGUAGUAUGGAUGAGGACAUGAUCUGGAAGACGGUUAAAUAUGAAGGUAAAGAGCACGAAGAGGUUCUUCAUAUCCCUGUGACUAGCGGUAGUAUGCCCAGGGCUCUUUUCAUGGACUGCACUCAUGAUAAUGAAACUCCAUUCCAAAAAAGAACUCCUCAAGAUGCUUUGCCCAACGCUGCUAUUGUUGCCUUUUCUGAUUGUGCUAUAGGUAGUGUUAAGGGUUACGACGAAAUCUAUCCUAAGCUCUUAGACAUUGUUAACGAAACAUCUUGCUACGAUCCCAACCCUCAACAUAGUACCGGUAUUAUUGAAGCGAAGCACAAAUUAAAUGCCCUUCAUCAAAAAAUGUGUCUUGAAGGUUACCGCGAGGUUUACGUGCAUCAAGAAAAUGACUUUUUAUUGGUCCAUCGUCAGCAUCCCAAUUCUCACUCUGGCUACCUGCUUAUUUCAAGAACUGCUUUCCCGGGUCAAGGAACUGGUCAUUCACCUAUUCAACUUCGCAAGUCUGAAGCAGAAUUUGAAUUUGCUUACUCUCUUAAGGUUGACAGCGACAAGGCUGUAUCAUCUAAAUAUUUGGAAGGUCUUCCUGCUCAUCUCGAGACAUUAGAAUCGCCUCGUUUUGAUCAUCACACUGACGAUAAGGGUCAAUUUGUUGAAGUUAUCCUUCCAGACAACUUUACUCCUGGUUCCAUUUGCGUUAUCAAAACUUCUAUUGGUGAAAAGUAUGAAAAAAUCCAUCAGGUGGUCAUGUCUAUCGGUGACGAUGUUGUGAAAGAUCUUGGACUUUUGGACUGUAAUGUUAUUCUCUAUCGCUGUGAAAGUGAAGAGCGCGAUAGUACUUCCGAGGAUAUAUACAAUAUUCCCAAUUAUGGAAAGUUGGUUUAUGCCGGUCUCCAAGGUUUCAUGUCUGUUUUAAAACCCAUCAUUGCCAAUAACGAUUUGGGCCAUCCCUUCUGUGAUAAUUUGCGUGGUGGACAUUGGGCUCUUGAUUAUACAAUCAAUCGACUUAAGACGUAUCAAGCUGACUAUCCUAAUAUUGGUUCAUUAGUCCAAUGGCUUGAAAAGCGUGCCUCUUUGAUUCAAGAAGUACCUGAUUUCUUAAUGCCCAAGUAUUUUGCAUUGACAGUCAAGACUGCGUACGACAAGGUGUAUAGUCAUGCUUUAAGCUUAAUGUCCCCAUUGGUUCAACAUGGUGAUACUUUUAUUAAACAAUUAGCCAUGACAAGUGUUCAAAUGCUCGGAAAAGUUCCUUCGACCGGACUCUGUCCCAGUAAAGCUACCCCUUCUUUGGCUGCUGGCUUACCUCACUUUACAGUCGGGCAUAUGCGUGUCUGGGGUCGUGAUGUAAAUAUUUCUCUCCGUGGUCUCCUUAUGGUUACUGGUCAAUAUGAAGAGACCAAAAAUCACAUCAUUGCGUUUGCUGGAUCGCUUCGCCAUGGUCUGAUUCCCAAUUUGUUAGAUUCAGUGCGUCGUCCUCGUUACAAUUCUCGUGAUUCCGUUUGGUUUUUUAUGCAAGCAAUUCAAGACUACUACAAGCUCGCUCCCGAUGGAAAAUCUAUCUUGAAUGUUAAGGUCCCUCGUCGUUUCCCUAAAGAUGACAAAUUCGUUGAAGUAGAGGAAGGUUACAAGUACACAUCUACAAUUGCUGAGAUUAUCCAAGAAAUUAUGGAACGACAUGCACGAGGCAUCCACUUUAGGGAAUAUAAUGCAGGAAUUCAAAUCGAUGAACAAAUGUCCGAUAAAGGUUUUAAUAUCGAUAUCGAUGUUGAUUGGGAAUCUGGUGUUCUUGUGGGCGGUAACAUUUGGAAUUGCGGUACAUGGAUGGAUAAAAUGGGUGAAAGCACAAAGGCUGGAAAUAAGGGACACCCUGGUACUCCCCGUGAUGGUGCUCCUGCUGAAAUUACUGGUCUCUUAAAGAGUUCUCUUCGCUGGAUCAAUCAAUUAAUUGAAAGGGGUGAAUAUAAAUGGAAGGGUGUGGAUCAAAUCAAGGAUAAAAAGAUGGUCACUUUUAAGCAAUGGAACGAUCUUUUAGAAAAGAAUUUUGAACGUGUGUAUUAUAUUCCCAAGGACAAGUCGGAUGAUAAGAACUACGAUGUUAUCACUAAAAUUGUAAAUCGUCGUGGUGUCUACAAGGAUGUCUACAAAGCUACUGAAGCAUACACGGAAUAUCAACUGCGCCCUAACCUCUUUGUUGCUAUGGCCGUUGCACCUGAACUUUUCGAUAGAAAACAUGCUCAAGAAUGUAUCCGUAUUUGUAAGAAUAUUCUCGUCGGACCUCUUGGCAUGCGUACCUUAGAUCCUGCAGAUCAGCAAUACAAGCCUUAUUAUUUUAACAGUGAUGACUCUGGGGAUUUCCAAACAUCCAAGGGCCGUAAUUAUCAUCAAGGCCCUGAAUGGGUCUGGCCGCUCGGUUAUUAUCUUCGUGCUGCUCGCCACUUCGAAGCACUCGACCCUCAAGAGAUUGCUCGUAUUUUAAGUAAGCAUCGUGAUUAUAUCAGUCAAGAUGCUUGGUGCGGUCUUCCUGAAUUAACAAACAAAGAUGGUGAAAUCUGCCACGAUUCUUGUGCAACCCAAGCUUGGUCUGCUGCCACUUUAUUGGACUUAAUCCAUGAUUUAAUUGAAGGGGACAACUUUUAAAGAACAUCUCUCCCAUCCCCUUUAGUAUUUUUGCAUUCCCCUUUUUUAAGAAUAAAAUCUGUAAUUUUAAUAAUAAAAAAAAAAAUUAGGGACUAG